AUGGCUUUCAGCGGGAUCUGGAUGAGCACUGCCAGCUCGGCUAAUGAAACUCCCGAAAUACCGGACAACGUGGGAGAUUGGCCUCAGGGCAUCUACCGCUUUGCCACUGAUAGGAGUGACUUCCGGAGGAACUUGAUCCUUGAUUUGGGAAUCUUUGCUGCGGGAGUUUGGCUGGCCAGGGACUUGAGUGACAUUGACCUCAUGGCACCUCAGCCAGGGGUGUAGCCAGGUAGACAAAUGGAAUCCUAUGCUGAGCCCGAAUCUUCCAAAAACAGCCUACAAUCUGUGGCCACCACAAGAUGUGCCCUGAUGGCAGCUGAAGUUUGA